AGGUCCCUUCCGACUCUAUUAUUCUGUUAUCCGAUCACUUCCUCCCUUUCUCAGCCAAACCGUUUUCUCCGAAAAUAUGGCAGAGAGAGAUAGCUUCAAACGCUGCUAUUGAGCAUGCGCGGCUAAAUGGAGCAUGCUCACUUUCUCCCAGGAACGGGGGGUCGAACAAGGAACGUCGAUGGUCGGCGGAAAAGAGACAUGGAAGGUAGCAAAAGUCGCUGCAACUGGAGGGGGCUUCGCUUUACCUUUAUUCUGGGCUUCGUCCUUGCGUUAGCCCCGCCGAUCUCCCAGAGCCGGACUCUCCGCUUCGUGACUUUGUUGUAUCGGCAUGGAGAUCGCUCUCCGGUGAAGACAUAUCCUCGUGAUCCCUACCAGGAAAGUGCCUGGCCCCAAGGAUUUGGACAACUGUCUCAGGAAGGGAUGCAACAACAUUGGGACCUGGGCCAAGCUCUUCGUAGGCGUUACGAUGGAUUCCUGAGUACAUCAUACAAAAGGCAAGAGAUCUUUGUUCGCAGUACAGAUUUUGAUCGAACCUUGAUGAGUGCCGAGGCAAAUCUAGCAGGCCUGUAUCCUCCAGAAGGGAAGCAAGUGUUUAAUCCCAAUAUUACUUGGCAGCCUAUUCCUGUACACACUGUACCUGACUACAUGGAGAAGCUCUUGCGGUUUCCACUACCUUCCUGUCCCCGUUACGAACAGUUGCUAAAUGAGACCAGGCAGUCGCCAGAGUAUGUAAAUAUGACCAUCCAGAAUAUGGAAUUCUUGAAAAUGGUGGCAAACAUCACAGGAAUUCAGGAUGUUUCCAUUGAAUCUGUCUGGAGUGUGUAUGAUGCACUCUUCUGUGAGACAAUGCACAAAAUGAAUCUUCCAGCAUGGGUAACUCCUGUGGUGAUGGCCAAACUGAAGGAGUUAAAAGAUUUCAGUUUUAAUGUCCUUUUUGGCAUCCAUAGACAAGUGGAGAAAGCUCGUCUGCAGGGCGGAGUUCUUUUGUCUCAAAUAAGGAAGAAUCUUACCUUAGCUACAAAAGACUCAGCACCUCACCAUCUCAAAAUGCUUGUGUACUCAGCUCAUGACACCACGCUUGUGGCACUGCAGACAGCUCUGAAUGUUUACAAUGGGAAGCAACCACCCUAUGCUUCAUGUCAUAUAUUUGAACUGUAUGAAGAAGAUGACGGUAACUUUACAGUGGAGAUGUUCUUUCGGAAUGAAAGUCAGAAGGAGCCUUAUAUAUUGCAGCUUCCCGACUGUAAACAGCUCUGUCCCCUUCCGCAAUUCCUGCAACUUACAGAGCCAGUUAUUUCAAAGGACUGGAAACAGGAAUGUAAGAUAAUAAGCACAUUGAACGACACAGAACUGAUUGUGACUUUGGCUGUCUGUGGAUCUCUCCUGUUCUUACUUACUGUUCUGCUCCUGACAGUACUCUUCCGUGUGAAGUCCCAGCCACUUGGCUACAGCCAUCUUUCCAAUGAAGGAGAACAGCCUUGACAAUUGCUUCAGCCCCUCCUGAGGCAGCAAGAGGAAACAGAGCUGAUCUCAGGGACAAAUGGGGCCUCAUUCAAUGACUAAACAUCUUACUGAUUUUGAUUUUUGAAGCAGAAGAGUUUGACAGUGGAGCUGUUGCAACUAGCAGGUGCAUUCUAUCUAACACAGCACAAUGCAGUUAGUUGCUGGGAGUAAAAUGCCAACAUGGCUUUAGAUUGCUAUUUCUCAGUGCGUGACUAGUUCAACAAGGUUAUGCUUUUCUCUUUCUCUCUCUUUGUUUAAAAAUGGCACAGAAAAGUGGCCCGCUGCUCCUUAAAAAGACUUCAGUCUAGUAGCUGCCACUUGUACCUGUCUUCUACACUGUGACAGCAGCAUGAUUCUAAACCAGCAAUAACCGAUUGCUUCCACUGAGUUAAUAAUUCAGAACAAAAUGAUGGUUCUGUUGUAGAAAAUAGCCAGAGGACGAAAUCUUAAAUUCACUCAACAGAAAUGGCCAUAAUGGGAUUCACUUCCAAGUCAACAUAGAAUUGUGCUAUAGGUACUUUACUCAAAAAUAGGACAAGUGACAUUAGAUUCUUCCCUGCCCUCUAACAGGAAAGGGGUUGAUCAAAUUUAUGCAUUCAACAAGAUACGUGUGCUUUAAGACACAUGCUUAAUCAUUCAAAGGUCUUAAUUCAAAUAUCUGUAGUAGAAAUAUUUCUUUGCUUUUACAUUCCUAAACUUCAUUUUGAAACAUGCUGCUGAAGUUAAAGACUAGAUAGCUUUUAAUUUAGCAGGUUCUGUUGUUAUGUAAUAUACAGGGUCCUAUAUAUUUGGGAGAUCAACAGCUCCCAAACCUUCCCUAGUGCCCAUUCCAUUCUAAUGAUGCUGGUGCCACACAUUUUUUCUUCACUCUUGCUCCCUUUAACUUUUGGCCCAGUUUUUUUCCCACCUUAGGCCUUCACUGAUUGCGCUUCACUUCAAAUUGUAUAUUUCUACUUUAUACCAUGCAAUGCAGCAUAGAUGUCUGUCUUAUUCCUCUUCACGAAGAGAAAAAUAUUACACGUACUACCUCAUCAAAAAUAUAUGGCAUAUAAAAAUCACAAGGCUCUAAUUUCAAAUAUUCACAUACAAGACAUAGCCAAUUUCUUAACUUCAAUCAAAAUAUUAGUUCACAUUUUACAGAAAACAGCACUUUCUUUAGAUAUGAAUUCUAUAGGAUCUGAAGUGCUCCUGAAGAUGUGCAAGGUAUUUCCUUCAUCCCUGAACAGUGGAAUCUGAAGAUAAGAAUCCAUAGAAUAAUUGUCAUAGUCUAGAAAACCAGCAUUUUUUUAAGUACCCCAUCUCAAAAAAAACCCUGCACCCCCUAAUUUACUGCUCAAAGCUUUCUAACAAGUCCCAUAAAAAUCAUCUUUUAUAUUUCUCCACAGGACAAUUUUCUACCAUAUGAAUACUCUUUUUUUAUUUUCAACUGGAGCACAGCCCAUCAAUUAGUUUGCAAUAUCAGGAUUAAAUGCUAGGAACAGUUCCCCCCCACACACACAGCCUUAAAAAAUCGAUUUUCUCUUUCCUUAAAACAGACUUCUUAAAAAGAGCAAUACUGGUUACUUACCGUAAUCAAAUACAUCUAAGUAUACAAAAAUGCUAGGAGAUAUGAAGUAAAAAAAUUGUGUGUUUUGCUUUUUCUGAGCUGAAAUCCUACUCCAAGGAGAUACUGAA